CAAACAGCGAAGACAUUUUGUAGAGUACCAAGUAGACAAGAGUGUCUUUGGAUUUACUUGUCUGAACUUUCAUUUCACAGAGGAAGGAGUCAUUUGUUAAUAAAUCUCCUGGGACCAAGAAUGACAUUUGCAAUGAGAUCUAAAUAUUAAUGUUGCUCCGACAGGAAAGAGUGGAACUCAAAUUCAAAUUACACAUCAACUUAAACCAAUAGCGCCCGCCAUGUUGGCCGAGGGAUGCCUCACGAGGAUCGGCUACGGUUACGAUUGGGGUGAGCGCGCGGGGCCCGAUGGCCGUGCAAACUCCGGCAGGUCUCCAGCGAGCAGCAGCAGCAGCUCCUGGGAAGAGCUCACCUACUUUCCCGACUGUGCGGAAGACGAGGAGCUGGGCCGAGGCGCCGCCGAAGACACGGUGCAAGGUCGGCCCGGGAACACGGGCAGCGCCAGGGGUCAGCAGGGCGAGCCGGCGGUCGCUCACCACCGGGGGGAAGCAGCUGACGUCAGAGGCAGGGCGACCUCCUUUAAUAGGAAGACAUCCGAGGUGUUGGAGAUACCAAGGAUCUCCGCGUGGGCGGAGAUGGAGGUGGACCUCUACCAGUCGUGGUCAACCACUUGCCAGAGUUACACGGACAUCCAGAUGGUCGGUGACAGCCAGACCCCCAGCAGCGCCACCAGCUUGACGACUUCUCUGGACCUUGAAGGUGAGAGCAGCAACUGGCCCUUUCUGCAGGCCAACAAGACCUGCGUCUGCCCAGCAGCCUCCGCCUGUUGCUGCGAAGGCCUACGAUGUCCUCGCUCAGAUACCUUCCACCAGGGGGACCGGAGCAUCGUCCUUCAGAGGGAACCGUUAUCCAACUCGGUACUCAACAAUUACAUGGAGCAGAAGAUCACGGAACUGUACAAGCAGUACCUAGAGGAUAACAUGACUAAAUAUGCCUCUCCCACCAGCGUAGUCAGCUCCCAUUACCUGAUGGCCAACAUUGAUCAGAUUAGUCAGCAGAUUUCUCUGGAGAAUAACAUGGAGCCCACAAUAGCCAAGGAUAUAGUUCUCAAUUGCCUCCGUAGCAUAGCCUGUGCAACAUGGUCCUCUGAUAUCACUACUCCCAUCCUGCAGAUAUCAAAUCAACCAGCACCAAGAUUUUAGUUCAGUUAAGGGCCUGUCCCACAUGGCGAUUUUUUUCAGCGACUGCUGGCGCCGUAUCAGGGCGGCCAAAAGAUUUUGUACGUUUCGAAAAUCCAGCGGCGGCAAAAAAAAUUGUCGCCACACUUG